GCCUGCGCAGAGCGACGCGCGGCGACAAGAUGGCGGUGAGCAUUGCUAGAUCGCGGGGACAGCAGGGCUACGGGCUCGAGGGACAGUGGAAGCGAGAACAGAAAGACUAAAAGGAGAGUGACGGACGCCCGAAGAUAGGGAGACAGGGUGCCGAGGCAUGGGAGCCACGCGGGGCUGCAAACGAGGGACCUGGGGGUACAGGCCAGGUGACAUGGGAUGCAGGCGGCAGACAUGGGGAUGCAGACGAGGGACCUGGGGAUGCUGACAGGGGCCAUGGAAUGCAGAUAGGACGUGAAGAUGUAGACACAGGACAUGGGGUUGCAGACCAGGCAGCAUGGGGGUGCUCACAGGAAAUAGUGCAGGUGGGGGAUACGGGGAUGCAGAUGAGGACGUGGGCAUACAGACAGAAAUGCAGACUCAGGGGCGUAGAAUUCAACCGGGGAGCACUGGAGAUGAAGAUGCACACAGGGUUAUGGGGGCUUGGGGUGGAAAGGAGUCCCUGGGUGCCAGACCCAGGCAACAGGGAUGUGGGAAGGCUGGACCUCUCUCCUCAGCGCCCCACCCUCCAGCAGGACAAAGAGAAAAAGAAAAAAGAAAGCAUCUUGGACCUGUCUAAGUACAUUGAUAAGACUAUCCGAGUGAAGUUCCAGGGUGGCCGGGAAGCCAGCGGUAUCCUGAAAGGGUUUGACCCACUGCUCAACCUGGUGCUGGAUGGAACCAUUGAGUAUAUGCGAGACCCUGACGACCAGUACAAGCUGACAGAGGACACUCGGCAGCUGGGGCUUGUGGUGUGCCGUGGCACCUCGGUGGUGCUCAUCUGCCCGCAGGACGGCAUGGAAGCCAUUCCCAACCCUUUCGUGCAGCAGCAGGACACUUAGCAGCAAUGGCGGGUGGCCUGGCCCAGGGACCUUCCUUCUAGGGGGUGAACUUCUGUUUGAUAGUCUUUUGUUCUUGUUUUCUUUUAUUUUUUAAUAAAAUUGCCCACAUGAGCAUCCUGGU